ACAUCCCACAAUGCAACGCGGUCAGACGAAUUUCCUCUUCAUCAACACAUGGCCUGUGCUUGCUAAUAUUUUUCUUGUUAAACCUAAGGCUAACGGCAAUUUCUAAGUGUGUUUCCAUUUUCAUUCUCAUACCAAAUGAAGGUUAAAGUCCUCUCGAGGAACCCGGAUGAUUACGUCCGGGAGACCAAACUAGAUAUUCAACGUGUCCCCAGAAACUAUGACCCGACGCUCCAUCCGUUUGAGGUGAGCAGAGAGUACACCCGGGCCCUGAAUGCCACCAAGCUCGAGAGGGUGUUUGCCAAGCCUUUCUUGGCCUCUCUGGAUGGACACAGAGACGGGGUGAACUGCAUGGCCAAGCACACCAGGAGCCUCUCCACCCUGCUCUCUGGCUCCUGCGAUGGGGAGGUGAAGGUGUGGAAUCUGACCAAACGGGAAUGUGUCCGCACUCUUCAAGCACACGAAGGUUUUGUCCGUGGAAUGGUCGUCCGCUACUGUGGAACCUCCUUCUUCACGGUUGGUGACGACAAAACAAUCAAGCAUUGGAAAAUGGAGGCGCCUGGUUACGGAGAGGAAGAGGAGCCACUCAACACUAUUCUGGGCAAGACCGUCUUCACCGGACUAGACCACCACCAGAAGGAUGCUGUGUUCGCAACAUGUGGCCAGCAGGUGGACAUCUGGGACGAGCAGAGGAGCAGCCCAAUCCGCUCUUUCACUUGGGGCGUAGACAGCUUCAGCGCUGUCCGCUUCAACCCUGUGGAGACUGAACUCCUUGCAAGCUGUGCCUCUGACAGAAGUAUAGUACUGUAUGACAUGAGAGAAUCGGCUCCACUUAAAAAGGUUAUCAUGACAAUGAGGAGCAACACAUUGUGCUGGAACCCUAUGGAAGCCUAUUACUUCACAUGUUCAAAUGAAGACUACAACCUCUACACGUACGACAUGAGGUACCUGGACCGGCCAAUCACAGUGCACAUGGACCACGUCUCUGCGGUGCUGGAUGUUGACUAUUCUCCGACUGGGAAGGAGUUUGUGUCUGCCAGCUUUGAUAAAACCGUCCGCAUCUUCCCCAAGGACGGUGGCCACAGCAGGGAAGUCUACCACACCAAACGCAUGCAGCAUGUCAUCUGCAUAAAGUGGUCGGCAGACAACAAAUACAUCCUGAGCGGCUCCGACGAAAUGAAUAUCCGACUGUGGAAAGCCAACGCAGCUGAGAAACUAGGAGUGCCCCCACUACAUACUGUAUCAGCUGAUUUUUAUCAGCUGUUUUGAGUUAGCUGCAUUCCUCGACACAGCUGUGGCCCCGGGCCCACUUCAGCAGGGUGAGAGCGGGCGACUAUGCCAGGAGCAGCGCCGCUACCGUUGCCAAGUGCCCUGAUGGAUGCUGACUUAGUGUAGAAUCACUCUCAUUAAGUACAAUGUACCAAUUGGCACGGUUGCUCUUUGUGGCGAGCGGAAGUCGGGGAAAAAAACUUUUAUGACAAAUCAUCAAUGGAAGAUUCAGCUAAAGGAUAACUCUCUGCUGACGCUUUAUAUCUUGUGAUGUGAGCACCACGUGUAUUGCAAGCAGAAGCUAAAAGCUUAAUGUUACGUUAAGCUCAACUGUCGAAUAUAGAUCCUAUGAGAUGCUGGGGAAGUGUCCCAAUGCUCAAUAAUAUAGAUCUAUGCCAUCUCCAACAGCCAUCUUUCAUCUUUCAUCCCUAAACGGAUUCACCCUCGCUGUUUCUCUUAAUGCAGCCCCAGAGUGGAAAAUUGGCCCGCUUUUGGCACUUGUUUUACUGUCACUGUGUAAGGGAAGAUUUAUCCGCAAGCUUUGCACUUAAAGAGAUCAGACAAGGGCUGCUCCUAUCAGCAGUUUGGAUUGGCCAAUCACUUAAAGCGGCCCACUCGGAACAUAAUGAAGCAUUAACAAUCAAGUUGCACUGAAGGGGUCUUUAAUUAUCAAGAAAUGCUGAAUCAAGGAUUUGUCUGCAUCGGGUUCAGGAC